AAAUAGUAUCGUCAUCUGGUGUUCAAUUGUGCAAAAAUUUGGAUCGAUUUUGUCGACAUUUUAGAUAUCCCUUAAAACUAAAUGAAGUGUUUAUAGAGACUUUUAAAAAUAAAGGUCGCAUCAUAUUAAAUCGGCCAGAUGAUCAGAACACAUUAAGUAUUUCCAUGGUCAAUCAAAUAUUUCCCGUUUUAAAACAAUGGCAAGAAACUAAAGCAUUGGUAAUCGUUAAAGCAGCUGGUGAAGAAGCUUUUUGUGGGGGAAAUGAUGCUCGAGGUCUUGUUGAAGCAGAACUUCGUGGUGAAAGUUAUGCAAAAAAGUUUUACCAUGUUGGACUGUCCUUGAAUGCAUUAAUAGCCAAUUAUAAAAUACCAUAUGUUGUAUUAAUGGAUGGUUUAGUUUCAGGAGAUGGAGCAGGUCUUACUGUCCACGCUGAAUACAGCGUAUGCACAGAACGUACAGUAUUUUCUAUGCCUCAUUGUUCAUUUGGAUUUUUCCCAGAUAUGGGAGCAACGUAUUUUUUACCGCGUUUACAAGGUGAACUAGGAAAAUAUUUAGGUUUGACGGGACACGAAAUUGCUGGGCGUGAUGUACAAAGAAUUAAUUUAGCAACACAUUAUUGCGACAGUAAUCGUAUCAAGGACUUAGAACGUGAACUAGAACGAUGUGAUACACAUGAAGAGGUGAUCAGUGUAUUAAGGAAACACGAAUCCAAGGAUUUGGAUCAUUUUUCAUUGGUACCAAUUUUAGAACAAAUCGAUCAUUGCUUUUCUGGUAAUACAAUUGAAGAAAUAAUGAAACGUUUAUCUGAAGAUCCUUCAACUUGGGCACAAGAAUCUUUAAAAGAAAUGAAAUAUAAUUCACCAAUGUCAUUAAAAGUAACAUUAGAAGCUUUGAAAAGAGGUCGAAAAAUGAGUCUCAGAGAUUGUUUGAACAUGGAGUACAAUAUGGCGCAAAUGGCUAUUUCUCAUAAAGAUCUCUAUGAAGGUGUUCGGGCGAAUAUAAUUGAUAAGGACAGAAAUCCAUCAUGGCGUCCAGCAACACUAGAAGAAGUGACUGAUGAGCAUGUUUUAGCAUUUUUUCCAAAGAUGAGGAUAAAAUCCAUUAUUUAGUAUUUUUUUAAUGUGUUGUUGUUGCAUAUUUAUAUUUUUAGGUUAAAUCUCUCCAUAUUGUCGUCCUA